UAUUAAUCAAGUUUCACUGAGAGAAUCAGAUAGAGAAAUGGGCGGCACCGAUCAAGUUCGCGGCACCAGACGUUCGACGGCGGCAGCCAACGGCGGUGGUGUCACCAGAAACCUAAACUCAGACACCGUGAUCAAUCUAGACCAUGGGGAUCCAACGAUGUACGAGUCGUUUUGGAGAAAAAUGGGUGACAAAUGUACGGUUGUGAUUAAAGGACAUGAAUGUUUGAGUUACUUUUCAAACAUCAAGAACCCUUGUUGGUUUCUUGAACCAAAACUUGAAGAAUCGAUCAAGAGUCUGCAUGGUGCAGUCGGGAACGCAGUAACCGAUGGCUAUAGCAUCGUGGUUGGGACCGGUUCGAGCCAGCUGUUGCAGGCUGUGCUUUAUGCAGUCUCAUGCGAUCAACCUAACCAGAUCAGUGUCGUUUCACCAGCUCCUUAUUACUCGUCGUACCCAGAGAUUAUCGAUUUGGUAAGAUCAGGAUUAUACAAAUGGGGUGGUGACGCACAUGGGUUCGAUAAAGAUGAACCAUUUAUCGAACUUGUCACCUCACCUAACAACCCUAAUGGUGUAAUCCGAGGAAGCGUGGUGAAUCGCGAUGGUGGAAUCUUGAUUCAUGAUCUUGCAUACUAUUGGCCUCAAUACACUCCAAUUACUUCUUCAUUAGAUUUCGACAUCAUGCUGUUUACAGCUUCCAAAUGCACUGGCCAUGCUGGUUCACGAAUUGGAUGGGCGCUUGUGAAAGAUAAGGAAGUGGCGAAGAAGAUGAUCAAGUUCAUGGAAGUGAACACGAUUGGGGUAUCGAAAGAAUCACAAAUCCGGGUUGCAAAGAUCUUGCAAGUGGUUGCUGAUGGAUGCAAACGUUUUGGAUCUCCUGAUGGUGAUAAUUUCUUUGAGUUUUCAAAGAGUUUAAUGUCGAAAAGAUGGGAGAUUUUAAGGGAAACUGUGAAGAAAACAAGAAUGUUUACUCUACCUAAGUACCCUCUUCAGCAUUGUAAUUACACAGGUGACGUCACUCAAGCACAUCCAGCUUUUGCAUGGAUUAAAUGUAAGGAAGGGAUCGAGGACUGUGAGAAGGUAUUUAGAGGUCAGAAUAUUUUAACAAGGAGUGGAAGGAGAUUCGGGUCGGAUCCUGGGUAUGUUAGGGUUAGUAUGGUGAGUAAAGAAGAGGAUUUUGAUAUGUUCAUUGAGAGGCUUUCUGCGAUUCAAAGCUUCAACAAUGGCGAUGGAAAUGGCAUUACAAACGGGAAUGUAAAUGGGAAUCUUGAUUAA